AUGCCGUCGGAAAAGACAGUCGACGAUGGCCAUUCGGCGCCAGACUUGGAGAUUGUCGGAGACCGGGUUACAAUUCAUCCAACUGGUUUUACCGGAGGGCCUGGUCACCACGAUGACACGAUCACCGAACGGAAUCUUGUCCGCCAUAUGGCGCGCUUUCGCGAGAACCCUUUCGAUUUCCUACGAGAAGUCAGCCUGUACAUGUCGGGUACAGGCUGGCGAGCCUAUGACGAUGUAAUCGGACAACCUGUGUUUUACAAUGGAUUCUCGGACCGGAUCAAGUCCAGUAUUCUUUCCAGUCCCAUUUUACUGGAGAAAAUCAAAGAGCUGGCCGAGAAACGAAUCGCAGUUGAACAAGAGGAGGGUUUGUUAGAGAUACGGAAGGGCUCAUUUGACCAGAAGAGAACACAUCGGAAGAAUGAAAUUGAAGGCAAUCUAAAAGAGGUGGUGAACACUAUGAUGGACGAUAUGAUUUGCAAGAUGGAGAGCAAGAGGUUCAUUCGUGGGGCAUACUACCUGUGCACGCAGCUUCUCACGCGCGCAUACCACCAAGGGGUUCACGUAUCCAGUGAAGAAGUUCUGCGUUUGAGGUCUGUUGCCGAGGAAGCGGCCAAAAAGAAGCAAUCGAUUGUUUUCCUCCCUUGCCACAAGUCCCAUGUGGACUAUGUGUCUCUACAGAUUAUAUGCUAUCGUUUGGGAAUCGGCCUCCCCGUUGUUGUAGCGGGCGACAACUUGAAUAUUCCACUGCUGGGGCCUUUCUUACAACAUGCAGGUGCUAUGUGGAUUAGAAGAAGCUUCGGCAAUGAUCCAUUAUACCACACCGUCGUACAGGCUUAUAUCGACACGAUCUUGCAACAAGGCUUCAACUUUGAAUGCUUUAUUGAAGGUGGACGAUCAAGAACCGGAAAGCUUCUCUCGCCCAAGUUUGGAAUCCUCAAUUUCAUUUUGGACAGUGUCUUGUCUGGUCGCGUCGAAGAUACGAUCAUAUGUCCCGUCAGCACACAAUACGACAAGGUUAUAGAGACUGAAUCUUAUAUCAGUGAGCUUCUGGGUCAGCCAAAACGAAAGGAGAAUCUGUCAGACCUGCUUUCGUCGUCAUCAGUGUUGUCUUUGAAACUAGGCCGUGUUGAUGUUCGGUUCCAGCAGCCCUGGAGUUUGAGGGAAUUCAUCACCCGACAGCUGACCCGAAUGCCAACUCAAAUGAACAACAAUAUCUCUAAAACGAUCAGUUAUACUGAAAGAGGCCGUAUUCUAAGGACGCUAGGAUAUAGGGUGCUUUCCGACAUCAACGAUGUGUCUGUCAUGAUGCCUACUGCCCUUGUUGGAACUGCACUCUUGACGCUUCGAGGUCGUGGAGUCGGCAAAGGCGAGCUAGUGCGCCGUGUGGAAUGGCUGUGUGAGCGCGUUCGCGUGAAAGGAGGACGGGUAGCACACUUUUAUAGAUCACCAACUGAGCUGGUUGUCGAUCGUGCCCUUGAUGUUCUAGGACCGAAGAUUGUCGGCCAGAUAUCCGGUUUGGUUGAACCGACAUAUUACGCCGUCGACCGGUUUCAACUUUCUUUCUACCGCAACAUGACAAUCCAUCUAUUUAUCACCGAGGCACUGGUAUCCGCAGCCAUGUAUACCAGAGUCAAGCAAGGCGGCGGGCCCACUUACCAACGAAUCUCUUACGGGGACCUUCUAAAGCAGGUUUCCUUCCUUUCACAGCUUUUCCGUGGUGAAUUUAUCUUCCCUCCUGAAGGCUUGACUGCCAAUCUGGAGAAUACACUUCGCGGACUCGAAAAGGACGACGUGAUCAAGGUGACCCGCGAUCCUUCCGGAACGCCGCUUUUUGUCGAACUGAGCGAAGCGGAACGUCAAUGUGGACGGGAGAAUUUCGACUUCUACUGUUUCUUGAUUUGGCCAUUCAUAGAGGCUUCCUGGCUUGGUGCCGUAUCUCUUCUUGGACUCACCCCACCAUUGGGUGAGCCAAAGGACGUAUGGAUCGAUUACAAGAAGGCCCAAGACAAUGCACAGCUCCUCGGCAAAACACUGUACCACCAAGGUGACCUUUCUUAUUUCGAAGCUGUGAACAAGGAGACUCUCAAGAACUCCUACCAGCGGUUCGAGGAGGAGGGCAUCAUUCUCGUUGCGAAGCGCAAGGAACCACGCACAGCCCCAACGAUGCGUCUUGCUCCCGAGUGGAUACCAGAGCGAGACCCGGCAACUGGCAAACUGCUGGAUCGCGGACGCCUAUGGGACUUCACCGAGCUGAUUGCUCAAUCUAGACGUGAAGGUAAAAACCGCCGAGAUGGAGCAACGGUUUCAUCACGAGUUCUUACCAUGUCGGACUUUGUUGGCCGAGAGCUAUUCUACAGUUCGUCAAGUACUGUCCCUGCAAGCUCCGCAGGCGAUCUAGACGUUUCGACCAAGCAAAUGCGCAGAAAGGCCAUUGCAACGGAUUCGAAGCUUUAG